UAUGUUGCAGUUUGGCAAUAAACGGAGUUGCCACGUUAAGACAGAGCUGUCCCAGUGUCGUUUAUGGCGUUGCUAUUAAAGUCACGAGAGCUACCAAAACAUGGUGUCAGAAGUGCUUGGGAGAGAAGAAGAACAUAACGGAACACGGAAACUUCCUCACCGGAGAGAACUCGCCCUGCAAGUUUGCAUUAACAGCCACAGUAAGAGCUAAGCUAACAAAUUAACAAACGCUAACUAGCAUCUCACGACUAGCAGCAUGGCAGCCGCGCCAGCAGCCUUCCAAGUAUCACCGCCGCCGAAGUUCGACUUUUCAAAGCCGGAAGAGUGGCCGAAAUGGAUCCGACUCUUCGACAGGUUCAGGAUAGCAUCCGGACUCGAGCUACAAUCGGACGAAAACCAGGUUAACACUCUGAUAUAUACAAUGGGUGACGAAGCGGAAGAUGUGAUCACUUCACUGAACCUAAACGACGAGGAGGCGAGUGAGUACCACAUUCUCAAAGACAAACUUGAAGCACACUUUGUCGUCAGAAGAAACGUUAUCUUUGAACGAGCAAAAUUCAACCAAAGGCAGCAAGAAGCAGGCGAAACCACAGACGGGUUUAUUACAUCUCUAUACGCCUUGGCAGAGCAUUGCGGCUACGGGUAGCUACACAGCGAAAUGAUAAGAGACAGACUCGUUGUCGGAAUAAGAGACAAGAGACUCUCGGAGCAACUACAAAUGGAUGCGGAGCUCACAUUAGAAAAAGCAGUGAUACAGAUUCGCCAAAGUGAACUUGUUAAGAAACAAAAGGAUCUUCUUAAAAACAACUUCAAGCAGGAGAAUCUUUGCAACGUGGACAUCGUUAAAGCAAAAACGAAACACUUCAAACCACGAAAGACUGUACCACAAACCACGGAGAGGAAUGUGAAAAGCCAAUGCAACCGAUGUGGAAAGACACCCUUUCACAGCAAACACCAGUGCCCAGCCAGAGAGGUACUCUGCAAUCAGUGCAAAAAGAAAGGUCACUACGCAAGGGUAUGUAGGUCUGGGGCAGUGGGAGAAAUACGUGCAGCGGGUGGUAACAGAGAAGAAAGAGAAAUAGCAUUUCUGGGAACAGUAGCCUCAGAUAGAACAGAGGAUGCGUGGUUGACUAAAGUAAAAGUUAACAAUGCAGACUGCUGGCUAAAAAUUGAUACAGGAGCGGACGUAACCGUCUUGCCUGAAAAAGAGUACAACACUCUAGCACAAAAACCACAGCUGCAACCCACAGAUCUGAAACUAUAUGUGGUGGGAAUGUCUCCAUUAACAGUUAGAGGGAAAUUUACUGCUAACUUGAGCACUCCAAGAAAAGCUACAGUACAGCCUGUGUAUGUAGUAGCAGACCUGACACAAGGAUUACUAAGCCGCAUAGCGAGCGUAGCACUCGGGUUAGUGGCUAGAAUAGAAACUGUGUCACUCACUUCAGUAGAAACAGUGAAGCAGCAGUUUCCAACACUAUUCAGUGGGUUAGGCCGGAUGGCGGGGGAAUACAAAAUUGAGCUUAAAGCAGACGCCAAACCGUUUGCCCUGUCAACUCCAAGAAGAGUCCCGCUUCCCCUGUUACCCAAAGUCAAAAGAGAACUAGCUCGUAUGGAAGAGUUAGGUGUCAUCUCCAGAGUAGAGCAGCCUACCGACUGGUGUGCAGGAAUGGUUCCAGUACCUAAACCAAACAGAGAAGAAGUGCGCGUGUGCGUGGACUUGACCAAACUGAAUAACUCAGUGAAAAGAGAAAGACACAUGUUGCCAUCAGUUGAGCACACUCUAGGUCAACUAGAGGGUGCGAAAGUGUUCUCGAAACUCGAUGCUAAUUCAGGGUUUUGGCAAAUACCUUUGUCCAAACAGUCAGCUCUUCUCACAACCUUCAUCACGCCAUUCGGAAGAUUCUGUUUUAAUAGACUUUGUUUUGGCAUAUCUUCGGCCCCAGAACACUUCCAAAAACGAAUGUCUCAGCUUUUGGAGGGGCUGGAAGGAGUCGUCUGCCAGAUGGAUGACAUUCUGGUUUAUGCUGACACACAAACCCAGCACGACAAGAGACUGAUCGCAGUCCUGGAACGGCUCACAAAAGCUGGGGUGACAUUGAAAAGUGAGAAGUGUGAGUUUGCAAAGACCUCAAUCAAGUUCCUCGGACAGAUCAUUGACACUACAGGAGUCAAAGCAGACCCAGAAAAAGUGAAAGCGGUCAGCAACAUGGAGGCACCCACCGAUGUGGGUGGAGUGAGACGAUUCCUAGGAAUGGUUAAUCAUCUAGGCAAGUACCUUCCCCACUUAGCAGAGAAAACACAGCCGUUGAGAGAACUACUCAGUACCAAAAACAUGUGGUGUUGGAGUGAGGCUCAACAAACAGCGUUUGACAACAUUAAGGCAGAACUGAGUAAACCACCGAACUUGGCACUCUACAACCCCAAAGCACAAACAACAGUAUCAGCUGAUGCAUCCUCCUAUGGACUAGGAGCGGUGCUACUUCAGAACAAGAGGAUGAAACAACUAAACCAGUGGCCUUCGCUUCAAGAGCAUUAACCCCCACGGAACAGAGGCAAACACAUCGCAACUGCAGACGUGCUGUCCAGAGCACCAGAAAAAACUGUUUGUGACGAGACAUUAAGAGACGAAAUGAACCUGUAUGCACAUCAGGUGAUUUCAGGUCUUCCUGCAACAGAGGAGAGACUACAACAAAUAAGAGAGCAGCAAGACAAAGACGAAACACUAAAACAAAUCAAACUCUACUGCAAGAAUGGCUGGCCGGACAAACUCAAAAUACCAGGUCCAUGUUUCCCAUACCACCAGCAUGCAGGGGACCUGACUGUUGAAAAUGAACUUCUCCUAAAAGGUAUGCGUAUAGUUAUUCCAAAAAUAUUACAAAAAGAUGUUUUGACACGACUGCACACAGGUCACCAGGGCAUUGUAAAGUCCAGGGAACGAGCCAAGCAGUCGGUAUGGUGGCCAGGACUGAGCUCUCAACUACAACAGCUGGUAGCAGAAUGUGAGACGUGUGCAAAGGUGAGACAGCAACCCAGAGAAACACUCA